AUGCCCUCCGCCAACGUUUCUGAAACCUCCAUUGGUGCCCCUGUGCAUACCAAUGGUAGGGCGGCAUCAGCAGAGCCUGAAAAUUCCAUCAUUGCCAACAAUGAUAUAUCUACCUUCCGCCGUUUCGUUCCCUUGGUCAGCGAAGGAACUGUCACCUAUCUCAAUGCCUCCUUCGCUCCCCCUUCUAAUAUCAUCGUCCAUGAAGCUAUCACCAGAUACGCUUCUGAGGCACUGUAUAACCCGAUGCCCAAACCGACCUGGCAAGCAACCAUGAAAGACGUACGUCAGCUCCUCGCACGCUACAUUAACACCGACCCGUCCAACAUCGCCCUUACACGCGACACGACAGAAGCACUUGGAUCUAUAAUUCGCGGCCUGCGCUUCAAACCGGGCGAUAACGUAGUUAUUCUUGAUAGCGAGCAUCCCAACCACGCGUAUCAGUGGAUGUCUCUCCGCUCAGCGGGUCUGCAGGUCCGACAAGUUCCAACCAUCGAAGCUGAUAAGAAGGCAGGAAAGGUCAAAGCGGCGAAUGCUGAGACCUUUUCUCCUUAUGUCGAUGACCGAACAAUUGCCGUCGGGCUAAGCUCCAUUAUGUUUCACAGCGGCCAAUGGAACGAUGUUGCAGAUAUCUGCUCUACAUUCCGCUCAAAGGGUAUCCAUGUCAUUGCGGAUAUCACCCAACAAGUAGGAUUUGCUACUGUUGAUGUGCAGGCGCUUGGUGUUUCAGCUGCAGCAUUUUCACUGCACAAGGGCCUCCACUGUCCCACAGGUCUUGCAGCGUUAUAUGUCGACCCAGAUGUCAUCAGAGAUGUCGACCCAACUCCGCCUAUUGUUGGAUAUGGAGCCGUGAGCAACGUGCGAGCCGAUCUUCUUGUUCCUGAGGACCCUAUCGUUUACCAUCCGUCUGCUCAGCGAUAUGAUCACCUGAAUCUGAGUCUCGUUUCGGGAGUAGUUGCAAAGGCAUAUCUCAGCUUCUAUCUUGAUGUGCUUAAUCCAAAGGCGGUAGAAAACCAUCUCUACGCUUUGGGAGACAUACUAAAGCAUGAGUGCGAGAGUCUGGGUAUUAGCAUUGUCGGUCCCGAUAGCAGCAAGGAACAUGCGCCACAUCUCUACGUUCUAGAUCUUCAUGACGAGAGAUGGAUGCCUCAUCUGCGAGACAACGGAAUCAUCGUUACCUCGUAUCGAUUAGGAAUCAGGGUCUCAUUCGGAUUCUAUAACAACACGCAAGAUGUCAAGAAUCUUGCUACCAUCCUUAGAACGGGCAUUGAAGCGGGAAUCCAUCUGCCAAAGACAUCAUGUUAA